ACCCACGAGGUCAUGUAUAAAUACCUACCUACCUACCUACUUGUCAGUUAACUUGAUGCCUAAGGCGGAUAAUCGUCCUAACUGCACAACAUCACUCGAUAAAUGGAAUAAGUGUUUCACCACACCAUCCAUUUUAUUUUGAUAAAGGCAGUUUGGGCGAAAUACAUACUAAACCUGCAGACAUCAUUUAUAAUGGACAUCGCCAAGAUAAUGGCACCGGCCGUCGAGCUCUUCCGGCAGAAUCGAACCCUCUGUACAGCUAUCGCUGCCAUAGUAGCUGCCGGUGGCGCUGCCUCGGUCUUCUCCCUCAUCGUGGCCGAUUACCGUGCCUGGUAUGCGCUCGGUCCUAACGGCCUGCCCCUUAACAUCUUCGGAUACCUAUUCCAAUCGAUCAGCCGUUCUUUCGCUCGAUUAGACACUCGCGUACCCGCGCCCUAUGACAACGCCAAACUAACACGGUCGGCGCGAUACGGGCCAUUAAGCCAGCGCUCAUUCUUCUCCGGCUCGAUACCACCGCGCAAGGGGACGCGGCCUGAGAUACCCACGUUUGUCGGCCCGCACCGGCAGACAUCACAGCAAGCCACACCCGCGAUGCGGGCCAGACAGGAGUCCUUCCUAGACGCGCUCGCCACAGCCAAUCCAUCACUGAUACGAGUCAGACCGUCGAAUCUCGAAGGCCCGUUAUUCAAAAGUGUAUGGCUACAGUCUGACAUAUCCCUGCGUGACGAGAUCAAAAACCUGAACGGCGAGUUUGCGCAUUCGCAUGCUGAAGGCAGCACGCACAUGGUGUUGAGCCUAGCUGAUGCUUCUGCCGCUAUCGAGCGCGGUUGGUCGGAGCGACAUCGCAUAAGCGGUGUCGCCAGUAUACUGCCAUGGGGCUUCGUCAUGAUAUACGCACCACGGGAUGAUGAGGAGUUUCAUAUCUGGAAAGAGUUCAUGAUGGCGAGCGCACGAUACGUACUAGGCGGCGAGAAAGAAGUUACAAUGCCUUAGGAUGUAAGUGAGUAAGACGAGAGAAAAUUGAGAACGGUACGAAUUGAGAUGAUGAAUGUUAUAUAUCAUAUAUGACUGGGUCAUUGAAAAGAAGCUCCUCUCAACAGCGAGCCUGUCCCAACUCCGAUAUAAAUAUAUCAAUAUGAAAUGUAAAAUGUAAAAUGCAUUGGUAUUAUUGCAAUCUCUUAUAUCUUAUG